GUGUUCGUGUAGCGGAGAUAACGCAGUUUGUUUCCGCGUGCUCGAGGACAAGACAUAUAAUAACUUCUAGAGAGAGAGAGACAACAACAGCCCCUAAAGGCUAAAGCAGUUGAAACGAGGAAGACGAGUAAAAACAGAACAAGGAAGGAAGACAGAGAUUUUGGUUUCUGUUUGGUUUCUCUAUCUCUAUCAUUUGGGACCGUUACUAACUCAGAGACUAUGUUCUUGGGAGGAGCAUAGACUGUCUGUUGGUUACUUUGUUCACUUUUGCUUUAUUACUUAUUCCGAAGAUUCUUUCAUUUGAACGAGGUUUGAAGUUUUGUUUAUCUUCCUCUCUUUUAUUAUACAAAAAGCCUGUGCGGUGUGGUGUGUUUCUGCUUUAAACAAUGUUCCUUUCUUUCUUCUCUUCUUUCUCUUUGCUUUCUUAUUAAGUCUCGUUCCUAAAUUUGAACUCAAACUCUCUUUAACUUUUCUCUGUUUCAGAACGUUUGAGAGAACAACACACCAAAAAAAAAAGAAUGUCGUUCCGUAGCAUAGUACGCGAUGUGAGAGACAGUAUAGGAAGUCUAUCUCGUCGUAGUUUCGACUUCAAGUUAAGCAGCCUGAACAAAGAAGGUGUUGGUAAGUCUCGCGGUUCGGUUCAAGACUGUCACGAGGAACAACAACAACAACAACAACCUCCUUUAGCACUACCACUGGUUCAAGAAACUCCUUGGGCGAAUCUACCUCCUGAGCUGCUGCGCGAUGUGAUCAAAAGGCUGGAAGAGAGCGAAAGCGUGUGGCCUGCAAGGAAACACGUGGUUGCUUGUGCUUCUGUUUGCAGGUCGUGGAGAGAUAUGUGCAAAGAGAUUGUUCAGAGGCCCGAGCUUUCAGGCAAAAUCACAUUUCCUGUGUCACUUAAACAGCCUGGACCAAGAGAUGCAACAAUGCAAUGCUUUAUCAAAAGAGAUAAGUCUAAUCUGACUUACCAUCUAUACCUUUGUCUCAGUCCUGCUUUGUUGGUUGAGAAUGGAAAGUUUCUUCUUUCGGCGAAACGCAUAAGAAGAACCACUUACACAGAGUACGUCAUCUCUAUGCAUGCAGACACCAUUUCAAGAUCAAGCAACACCUACAUUGGCAAGAUUAGGUCUAAUUUUCUAGGGACAAAGUUUAUUAUAUACGACACACAACCUCCUUACAACAACAACAAGACCUCUCAGACUGUUCAACCGUUAGGACUUAGCCGCAGGUUUUACUCAAAGAGAGUAUCACCCAAAGUCCCUACCGGUAGCUACAAAAUAGCGCAAGUGUCAUACGAGCUAAACGUUCUUGGCACUCGAGGUCCGAGGAGAAUGCACUGUGCUAUGGACUCUAUCCCCGCUUCUUCUCUUGCGGAAGGUGGAACCGUGCCUGGACAACCUGAGGCCAUUGUCCCGCGGUCUAUUCUCGACGAGUCUUUCCGCAGCAUUACAUCCUCCUCCUCCUCGUCGAGGAAGUUUAUCAGCGAUUACUCGGCCGAGUUUAACAGCGCUAGGUUUUCAGACAUUCUUGGCCCGCUGGGAGAGGAGGAAGAGGCUGUGUUUGGAGAAGGGAAAGAGCGUGUUUCGCCGCCUCUUGUGCUCAAGAACAAGCCGCCUAGGUGGCAUGAACAGCUUCAGUGCUGGUGUUUGAACUUCAGGGGACGUGUGACCGUUGCAUCGGUCAAGAACUUUCAGCUUAUUGCAGCAAACCAACCGCAGGCUCAGGUUCAGGGGUCUGGCCAGGCUGAUGGUCCGGACAAGAUCUUGUUGCAGUUUGGGAAAGUGGGGAAAGACAUGUUCACGAUGGACUUCAGGUAUCCGCUGUCUGCGUUUCAGGCUUUUGCUAUAUGUUUGAGCAGUUUCGAUACCAAACUCGCAUGCGAAUGAUAGAAGAAGAAGACAGCUUUGUAUGUAAUAUAUAUAUCACAUGUGGUUUGUAUGAUUCAGAUCAGAGAGAUUCUCAUCAUUUGGUGUUUUUUAUUUUCACCUGAGAAUCUUAGUGUUAGAUUUGUUUCAAGAAUCUUUAUAUGAUCAUUUUUAUCAUGUUCUGCUUAUGUUGUUUGUUAAUGCAUCAAAUUCAAAAGAUAGUUUCUCUAA